UCUAAAAUGUUUCUGAACUGGCUUUCUAUUUAGGUUGUUUUCUUUACUAGGUUUUUUGGUUUCUUGUUUUUAUUUAUAUUUUUUAACUAAAUAAUUUCAAAAAAUUACAGAUUUUAUAAAUGUUCAUAAAUUUAAAAAUGAAAAAUGUUCAUGUUUUCAAGAAACAUUGACUUUUUUUGCGGGGAAAGAAACAUUGAUUUAAAAAAAACAUGUUUCUAAAUAAUGUUCACAGCAAUCCAUGAGCACCUACGGGUUUGUGUAUGUUGUCGAUUGAGGCUAGAUCAGUGGAUUUGAAGAAAACAUAGUUCUCCCAAGAAAUCCAGAAGCUUGAAUUGGAAGAUCCAUCGACUAGCUAGAAGUUCUAUACCCUUCUUCUUCUUUUUGAAAAAUGUCACCAUAUAUUCGGCUCGUAAAUCUGCCGGAAGGCAUAUUGGUAUUCCUAUAUCAUGUUUCUCUAUUUAUUUUUUGAAAAUCAUUCCUAUAGGCUAGGGAGCGCCGCUGCGCUCGUUUGUUGAUUUGAGCGCAUUGCCGUAUAUAGUAAGUGCAUGUCGUUAUGUCCAGUUGUCCAGUGUAGAAAAAGAAAUUGUUUGGUCAUAUCCCGUAGCGCACGUGGCUACCGAUUGAAUCAGCCUAGAUCAUCUCCCAUGUGCAUUUAUUUAGGGUUUAAAAAGUUGUAAAAGCCAUAACUUUUGAUUCAAGCAUCAAAAUCAAGUUCCGUUUUCACAGUCAGGUUUCUGACGACGAGUUCUUCAAAACGAGAUCUCAUAUGAGUUGGUUUCGUCAAACUUUUUUUUGAGGGCAACUUUGGGUGCAAUGGAGGCAACUAUAGUGCUAUUGAAGAGCAACUCUUCUUUUUGGCCUAAUGGGACUUCUUUUUGGCCUAGUUGGACUCACUAUUAGGUUGGUUUGCAUAAAAACAUGAAAAAUCACACAAAACAUAAGGCAUCUUUAGUGUACAUACAAAGCAACUUCACUGCACUCUAUAUAUUUGUCAGUUUUGCUAACAUUAUUCCAACUUGUGUAUCAUGGCCGUUCAAUUGCCUAUUGUUGAUGGUUAGUUGCAAACGGUUGAUGUUCAAUUGCCUAUAAAUGCUACAAAUUACCUAUAAUUGAUGCCUAGUUGCGUGCUACUGGUAAUUAGUUGCCUACAAUUGCUGCUCAGUUGCCUAAUUUUGUUAAAAUAGUUGCCUAGAAUAUUAUGAAGUUGUUUAUCAUUGUUUUUCUAAGUUGCCUACAAACACUCUGAAGUGGCCAAGAUUCAUCAUCAUGUUUCCUACCAUAACUAGCAAUAUAUAGUAAACACAAGAGCAUCAUCGGUAGACGACAUCAUAGUAUUAUAGGCAAUUUAGAAACAACGACAUACGAGCAUGAACAAUAGGCAACUUAGAAGUACCGAUGAGGAAGUUAGGAGAAUGUUAGACAAAAUUAACUAGGACACACAAGGUAGUGACGUUGUCCGCUUUUAGUACUAGAGUUGCCUCUUGUGGAAGGAAAGUUGCUCAUAAAGGUGAUGUGAUAUUAUAUACCUCAAUUUGGUAGUUGUUCUGUAUUAUUAGUUAGCUGCUUAUUGUUGCUAAUUAAUUAUUUUUAGGAGUGGAGUUGCUUCUAUUUAGCAUUAAAGUUGCCUCAUAUAGCAUCAAAGUUGCUUUUAAAACCAAGUCGCGUUAGCAACUUAGGUCCAGAGCCGCGUAUGUAUGAAGCUAAGUUGUAUGCAACUAAGGAUGAUGUUAAGCUACUAGCUAGUCAUGGUAGCCCCCUUAGGACACUGUUAGCCUACCUUGAAAACUAAGUUGCCUACAAUACUAUAAAGUUGCCUACGAAUGAUGCUUAGUUGCCUACAUACAUUAAAAUUUUGUCCCACAUGGUUUUUAUGUUGUCUAAGAUAUACUUGAUAGGUAAAUUCACUAGUACACAUGAUACAAGGAAGUUGCUUCUGUUUAGUACUAAAAUUGCCUCAACUAGAACCAAAGUUGCUUUAAAAAAGUUCAUCAAAACAUAUACAUAUGAGAUCUAGUUUUGAAAAUCUCGUCACGAGAAACCUAAUGGUGGAAACGGAUUUUCAUUUUGACACUCGGUUCAAAAGUUAUAGCUUUUAAAAAAAAUGAGACGGAAUAAUGUGAGAUGACAUCAGCACAUGCAUGCAGGUAAUCCUUAGUGACCAUCCACCACCUGACAACAUCAGUACAUCGCGAGGAGGAAGGAGGCCGUUUUCUUAGCAGUUUUGUCGCGUAGCAGGUGCGCAAUCAUCGGACAGCUCGCGUGUGCGCUCGGCUUUGCCAGAUAGCGCAGCUGCGCGUUUAAGUUUUUGGGAUUAUUAAACGCUAGUAGAGGGCGGAUGCUUUCCUUUUAAAUUAAUUAAAAAAUAAAACUGGCAACGAGAUUUCUCCGCUAAAAAGAGGAGAUUUAUUCUGCGUGCAGCCGUAUUUUGCUUCGGAUUCCGUUCCGAUCCAUGAUUAGGCCGGCCCGCUCGACCUCCACGUCUAGUUCACCCGUUGGGGUGGUCCGCCUCGGGGACCUGAACCGCGCGCUUCGCGUUGACAUAAACGAUCUUGCGUGCACCCUUGGAGGCGCGGAACGGUAGCGUGCGGCACACAAACAUGUACUGGCCCGCCCUUAAACCCUCGCCGGCCAGGAAGAAGCCUCCGCCGGAGGCCAUGCCGGCCUCCUCCGGCCUCCGCGACCUGGAGGAGACCGACGACGGCUGGAUCGUCCUUCCCCCGGCGCCGCCCACAUCGGGCAAGCCUCCCAGGCCCCCGCCGCGCGCCACGGCGAGGGACGCCGUCAACGCCUCCCCCGACGAAGCGUUCGACCCGACCCCGGACGCCAUCGUCGGCCGGUACCUGCCCCUGCGCCGCGCGCUGCGGUGCGACGGCCUGCCCCGGCAGAUCCACGACGCCGACGUCUACGGCGCGCACCCCGGCUUCCUCUCCGCCGUGUACCCGCCGGCCAACGGCCGGCCCGAGUGGUUCUUCUUCGUGUGCCGCGCGCAAUGCCAGGGCGGGCGGCGCAGGGCCGGCCCCGGCGCGUACCGCCUCGGAAGCGAGGCCAGGCUGCUCGGCGGCGCCGCCUACUGCCACGCCUUCCGCUACUACGAGGACGAGGCCGAGGUCGGCUCGGCCUCCACCAGGGAGACCGAGUGGCGCAUGGACGAGUACGGCGACUGCCGCUCUGCCGCCGCCGCCUUCGACAUGGUGGUCUGCAAGCUCUACCCGGCGCGCGGCGGGAUCGUCCACACGAUGCUCGGCGUCCACGAGCCCGCCUCGCCAUCGCACCGUCCGGACAUGAAUAAGCCGCAGGUGCUCGUCCAGCUCUACCUCGACAGCCUCAACCUGGGGGACCCGCGGCGGUGCAGAAUGUACGCCACGCCCGACGUCUUCGCCGCGCACCCGGCUGUGCUCACGGUGGCGUUCCCGGCGGCCAACGACCGGUGCGAGUGGUUCUUCGCCGUGCACCGGCGCCGGCGCGAGCUAGAGGAGAACGACGAGGACAAAGCACGCCCGCGGAGGGCAGGGCCAGGGGCGUACGUGCUGGUGCGCGAAGGCCGUGUCGUGAACGGCAAUGGCGGGGACAUAGGGUACCGCCGCGCGUUCUUGUACCGGGAAGACGACGCGACGGUGAGGCGGGUGUCGCGGACCGAAUGGUGGAUGGAGGAGUACGGGUUCGGGAAGGACUUCCCGCACAGCGAGCUGCCCGCGGGGAAGGCAACAAUGGACGAAGACGAGGAGCUGGUGGUGUACAAGCUGUACCUGAAAAUGGCUGGUCACCGGCGGUAGAACGCCUCCUUUAGCACAAACUGAGCUGCAGAUUCUGGCAUGCACGACUUAGACUGAAACUUAAUUCUGCCUUAAGCGUCUACGGUUCCCUUCCAGCAGGGAAACAAUAAAGAGUGACAUGUAUAUAUUCAAAAGAACGACAGUAAUUUGGGGUUUGAUGA